AAGGAGACGAAUGUUCCUCUGAAGUGCACAAUAAAGAUAACGAUUUGAGAAGAAAUGUGAAAAUGACCAUAGAACGUUGUUAUGAACCUAUAAACCCCUCAACGAUCUGCAGAUGCUCACGUGGAACAAAGGCGUGACUCCAUCUGAGUCAUGAACACUGGCAGGCGAGCCGCGAUAAGCGUCGGCUCUCCAGUCCUCAGCUCCCUGUGCACCGGCAGACUCACCGGCGACCGCAGGCUCUCCGCGAUGGCCAAGUACACCUCUGAACAAGUGGUAUUCAACAAGCCCAAGGUUGAGCUGCAUGUGCACCUCGACGGAGCCAUCAGAGUGCAGACUAUUCUUGACGUUGCCAAGAGUCGCGGCAUCAGUCUGCCAGCAAAUACUGUGGAGGAGCUGACGUCGAGAAUUAUUGUCGAAGAGCCCGCCACCCUCACUAAGUUCCUGGGCAAGUUCGCUGAGUACAUGCAUGUGGUUGCCGGCGACAGAGAGGCCAUAAAGAGGAUAGCCUACGAGUUUGUCGAGGACAAGGCCAAGGAAGGCGUGAUUUAUGUUGAGGUUCGAUACAGCCCACAUCUUCUGGCCAACACUAAAGUGGAUCCAAUACCGUGGAACCAGAAAGAAGGCGACCUGUGCCCGGAUGAGGUGGUGCACUUGGUGAACGAGGGCCUGAGCGAGGGGGAGCGGGCCUUCAAUAUCAAAGCCAGGUCCAUUCUAUGCUGCAUGCGCCACAUGCCAAGCUGGUCCAUGGAUGUCGUCGAGCUGUGUAAGAAAUAUCGCCACGAGGGAGUGGUCGCCAUAGAUCUGGCCGGUGACGAGUCACUCAACUGUGAAGCCAAUCCGGACCACAGGAGGGCCUACGAGGAAGCCGUGCGUUGUGGGGUCCACAGGACGGUACACGCAGGAGAGGUGGGCCCGGCCUCGGUGGUGAAGGAGGCUGUGGAAGUGCUGGAAGCCGAACGUGUUGGACACGGUUACAGGACCCUGGAGGACCGAGAGCUGUACAAAAAGCUGCUCGCUCAAAACAUGCACUUCGAGGUGUGUCCUGUUUCCAGUAAACUGACUGGCGCCUGCGACCCCGACUUCACCAAGCAUCCUGCCAUCACGUUCCGGAAGGACCAGGCCAACUACUCCCUGAACACCGACGACCCGCUGAUCUUCAACUCGACCCUGCACCUCGACUACAGCACCGCGCACAAGUACAUGGGAUUCACAGAGGAGGAGUUCAAACGACUGAACAUCAAGUCUGCAGAGUCGUCCUUCCUGCCUGAGAAGGAGAAGAAAGAGCUCCUCCUCGACCUGUAUGAGGCCUACGGGAUGAUACAGAGCACCGCCUUCUAAACCCGUUGAGGAAAACACUUGACCCAACCCAGGGAUGAAUCACUCUGAACCUUUAAAUCUCCCCCACCUGACACAGGGGAAUGUGUUUUUACUCUAUAAAGCCCACAGAAGAAUAAAUCAAACAUGGCCGCUUUUACCUCACAUGAUCUGUACAUCAUCCACGCGAAGGCUGGUUUCUGUCUGUGUUUCCUCCAAGUACUCACAGACCUUUAAUACUUUAGUUUUACGGGACAGUUCUGCGGGAUGUCAUGGUGACAAAGGGAAGUGUAUUUUCAUUUAUGAAGCAAUAUCAUUAUUAUUUUAUUUUUUUUACAUAUCAAAUUCUGGAAGUGCAUUGUUCAUCUUGUGUUUUACAUCCUGUCGUCAUAAAGAGAAUCUGGGAACCUUCAGGAAUCAUUCACCUCCGUCAAAGCUGAAACAUUUUGUUAUGGUUUGCGUUAAAAAGCGGAACGCAUGUGAUGACGGAUGAAUGUUAGCAGUGCAGGCUAUGAGCUUUUGAACAAUAAGGUUUGCCGUGAGGAAUCCAAUCGUUUGGUUUAAGGGUGAAGAGGAUCCAGUGUCAGAAACAUAAGUGCCCCCCACACACACACACACACACACACACACUACAUGUGAAACUGCAGGACACAUCAUGUAAAAACAGCUCAAUACCAAAUGUCUAGUCUUACAUUUGAACACUAGGUGGCGCACAACUGUCACCUGUGACUACUCACUGUGGAUCUGCAUUUGAUAAUUGCUCUGAAUACUUUUGAUGUAUAUAUUUAUUUAACACAUUUUUUUCCUGUCUCUAAAUGAAAAAAAAAAAAAACAACUUCCACUCACAUCUGCCACAUGUCACACUUAUGAAAAGCAUCUUUGACCAUAAUAAAAGCUGCUAUAAAAAAGUU